AUGAGAAGCGGAAACGGCGUGGUUCUUCAGAAAGCACAAGGUUCUGCUGUCUCUGUAUUUCUGGGGAUGAUUGAUUUGAAACUGAUCCUUUUUCUCCAUGGUGCUGGGGACAUCCGCCAUAUGCUUCUCAUGGGUUGGGCCGGGGAGAGUAUAGACAAAGUCAAAUUCUCAACGCUGAAUGAUGAAAUCUCCAUGUCGGAGAGGGAAAUCUGUAUGCUGGGAGUGGUGCAUAAGGACCUGCGGCCUGCCAACAUGUUAUGGAAUAACGAACUGCGCCGGGUUCAGAGGCAAACAGAAGGGAAAUGA